GUUCAUUGUUCAGUAUUCAGUGUUCGAUUGAAAACUAUAGCGUUUAAAAGUACGCAUUAUUGACAUUGUACUAACUUUAAAUCGACCCUAUCUCAGUAUUACUAUGGCCGAAUUGAAGAAGCAUUUGCACGUUCAAAAAAGAGAUGGCACUAUUGAAAAAGUUCACUAUGAUGCAAUUACUGCACGUAUUAAACAAUUAUGCUAUGGCUUGGAGAAAAUUGAUCCAGCAGCAACUGCAAUUCAUGUGAUCAAAAAAUUUCUGUACGCCGGUAUUACUACAUCUCAACUAGAUGAUGCAGCUGCUGAAACGGCAAUUACUAUGGCUACUAUUCAUCCAGAUUAUGAAAAACUAGCAGCUCGCAUUGCUAUUUCUAAUUUACAUAAGCAAACUAAAGAAAAAUUUAGUGAUGUGAUUGAUGAUAUUCAUAAAAAUUAUAAUUAUUGGAAUAUUGGUUUAUCAGAUGAUAUUUAUGAAAUUAUCAUGAAGCAUAAAGAUCGAUUAAACGAGGCAAUUAAUUAUGAAAAUGAUUAUAUAUUAGACUACUUUGGAUUUAAAUACUUAAUCCAACAUUUUUUAGUUAAAUCUGAAAAUCAAACUAUUGAAAGACCUCAACAUUUGUUUAUGAAAGUUGCUGUAGGUAUUCAUGGAGAUGAUAUUGAUUCAGCUAUUGAAACAUACAAAAUGUUAUCUCAAAAGUUAUGUAUGUUUUCUCCAGUAGUUAUGCAAUUGCAGCCAGCUGCUAGAAAACUCAAUGUGUCAGUUAUAAGGUAAAAUUUAAGAUUUUCUAGAAAAAAAAUGUAUACUUAUAUUUGUAUUUUAUUAGCCAUUACUCAGU